CCCAUUGGAAUUGAGGAAAGACGCAUCCAGGACAUCGACACAUAAGUCGCCAAUCUCUCCUGCACGUUUACAUGUUUUCGCUUCUCGACGGAACAGCUUGCAAUUUAAGCGUAGACUUUAUUUGUAAACAUCUAUUUUUAGAUUUUAAGCAAAUUUAACAAAAACCUUACAUUAGAGAGGAUUAGUGUUGAUUCGAAGUGUAUUUUCACGGCUAGCCCUCAGCUACGAAAAAAAAAACAACAAACCCGGAGCGCGAUUUUUUUAUUUUCUGACAGACAAAAUUCCACUUAUAAUCAACCAAACCACCUUUUUUACUUUCAUGGACGACGAAAAAACACCUUUAAUUAACCGAACACAGUCUCUUUUUUAACAUAUUUUCCACUUCCACGCUAAGCUAGCAACUCCAAACAAAGAAAGGGAAGCAGCUCUAGUUACCACGUCACAUCUGGUUAACUUUUCGGUCUUAUUUAACUACAAAACCUACUUUGUUUAGUGUAUCUGGGUAGAAGAACAUCAGAAAUGGCCCAGCAGAGCAGUGCUCAGGUUGCCAGUUCGCAGAAAGCUUUAAUGUUGGAGAUGAAGAGUCUACAGGAGGAACCAGUGGAAGGCUUCAAGAUCACUUUAGUGGAUGAAGCGGAUCUCUACAACUGGGAAGUGGCGAUUUUUGGACCUCCAAACACUCAUUAUGAAGGGGGGUAUUUCAAGGCUCGCAUUAAGUUCCCGAUCGAUUACCCGUAUUCCCCGCCCACUUUCAGAUUCCUCACCAAGAUGUGGCACCCUAACAUCUAUGAGAACGGGGACGUGUGUAUCUCCAUUCUUCAUCCUCCAGUAGAUGAUCCACAGAGCGGAGAACUGCCCUCAGAGAGGUGGAACCCAACACAGAAUCUCAGAACUAUCCUGUUGAGUGUCAUCUCUCUCCUCAAUGAACCCAACACGUUUUCACCAGCUAAUGUGGAUGCCUCCGUCAUGUACCGGAAAUGGAGAGACAGUAAAGGAAAAGACCGGGAAUAUGCAGAGAUCAUUAGGAAGCAGGUCCUGGCAACUAAAGCAGAGGCAGAACGGGACGGCGUUAAAGUUCCCACCACUCUGGCUGAGUACUGCGUGCGCACACGUGCCCCUGCGCCAGACGAGGGGUCCGAUCUGUUAUACGAUGAUUACUAUGACGAUGAGGACUUGGAGGAUGAGGAUGAGGAUGAUGAGGACUGUUGCUAUGACGAGGAUGACUCAGGAAAUGAGGAAUCAUGAUGACAUUCCCAUUGUCGUCUUCAUCAGCAUCACUUUAAAAGUUGAAAUGUUAAGGUAUUCGCCCUGCAUUUACAUUCACUCAGAUGGCCAUUUUUUUUUCCUAAAGGACUAAUAUGUUGAUUUUAAAGUUUGUUUUUGUUUUAUCAGCAUUAUGUUUGCUCCGUGUCAUGAUUGUGCUGGCCUUCUGCUUCUCUCCAAUCGCUUCUUCUUUUUUGGCUUUAUGCUUUCAGACAGCUCUGUGAACGUCUCUUUCUAAAAAGAAUAAGAAUGAGCUUGACAGUGCUCCCAAAAAUGAAAAUUCUGUCAUUUACUCACCCUCAUGUUGUUCCAAACCUGUACGCCUUACUACUUUUUGUCUGGCUUUCAGCCUUAGUCACCAUUCAGUUUCAUUGCAUAGUUUUUUCAUACAGUGAAAGUGAAUGGAGACUGAAGUUGAACAUUCUUCCUAAAGACUCCUUUUGUUUUCCAUGGGACAAAGUCGUAUGGGUUUGUAAAAAUAUGAGGGUGAUUAAAUGUCAAAAUUGACAUUUUUGUGUGAACUGUACAUUUUAAGGUUCGAGUGAUUAAUUAAAAGAAUCUGUCUGUGAUCUUUGGUAUUGCUUUUAAUCACUUGGAUCUCCCACAUUCACUUUUUUUUUUUUUGGCCUUCAGCAGGUCUGAACAGUCAAGCAAUAUAAAGCUAAUGGAGUUUGGGGUCAAGGUUUUCUAAAUAUAAUAUUUUGUUUUCCCCCUUGAGUAUUUGGAAGUUACAUUUGAGGAAGCCCUGAUUAAAAAUGCGAGUAUGGCACGUUGAAAUGAAAACUUUUGGCAUUAUAAAAAUUGAGGGAAAAGAUAUUUCAAUGUUGAGGCCUAAUUCUGCAAUGUGCUUAAACGCCACACAUUAUUUAACUUAUAGUGUCACUUUAAAUUAUUGUAAUUAUGUAUUUCUUAGUUCAUAUAGGACCUUACCAGAAAAUGGAUAUAAUCAGAGUUAAUUGGAUGGGUUGGUGAGUGGAUGUUUAGUCUUUUCUGUUGUGCUGAGUUAAUUUUUUCUUUUUCUUUUUUUGCAUUGCUGAUAUUCCUGUGUUGUCCUCUCAAGUGAAUCUUAUUUAAUCUGUUGUGUGGUUUGCUUGUUUUUAUACAUAGAGGAUGUAUGUUUAUUCUUUGUCAUCACUAAAGCAUUCAUUCUUUCAUCUGGGAUGUAGGGUGACUUGUGGACUAUUGAAUGAUUUUUGUGCUGUUUCUUUUGCAUUAUUGCUCAGUAAAAUUAUGGCACAUCCUGCAAUGUGAUGUCAUAUUUGAAACUGUCCUUUUCGCUGCCUGGAGGCUGGAGAAGGCUGGCUCAUACCGACAGACUCUCAGGAUAAGCAAAUCGGAAAAUGAAAAUUCUAACAACAAAAAAAUAUUUUUCUUCACACCUGCAAGUCAUCCAUCUUUUCAAAAUUGUUUUGUGGACAAUUUACAACCGUAUCCCAUGAGGCUGAGAUGCACACAAGGAUAUUCGGCUGAUUUGUCAUUUUAUUGAACUGUAUGUAUUUUUACGGUUUGUUGGCCUAUUUAAAACUGAAUAAAGAUCUUUAUUAGAA